AUGGGGCUGCUAGACAAACUGAAAGAGAAAAGUAGGGCUAAGUCUGGUGGAGCUUCAAACUAUGAGAAUAGUGAGCACCAGUCCCAAACUCAUUUGCGAUAUUCCAGACCCCCGGCACCAUUGCCCAAGUCAUCUAAUAGCUCUGCCAAUCUCUUCUCUAAAAACUUUCUUCUUAACCAAGAUGUGACUACGUUAUUUCCGGUUGCUGAUCGGUAUCCGGUACCCUUACCUGCAGGAUACUCAAGAGCCUCAAGUCCACUUCCUACCAAUUCCUUUUACGAAACGUUAUUGUUGGAAGAUCACUCUUGUCCAGUAUGGACCCAUCCCUACUCAUUAUGGAUCCCUCCUAAAGACAUGAACCGGCCAGGUCUUGCCUUGAACCACGUAGAUGAACACAUGAAAGUUUUUGGACCUGACAAUACCUUGGAGCAUCCCCAGUUCUUUUUCAGCCCUGUUGCCAUUUUGUCGUUGUGUUUAUCGGCAAUGGAAUUUGGUUCAAGCCCAGUUCAAGUGUCUGUUACCAAUACCAAAAAGUUGUACUGUCAUUUAAGCUUGUCCAAUGGUUACGGAUCCAACAUAACUGUUCCAAUAAUUCAGGGGAUGGCAUUUGUUAGUGCCAUUUACGAGAAUUGCCAGCCAAGGUUGUAUUCUAAUGUCGGGUUCCGUGAAUUGACUGCAGUUGGAACUCUCAACAAUGGAAUGAGAAAAUAUCGGGCCACUUUGAACGAUAAUACGAUAUGGUCUUUGUACGUAUCUACUCACUGUGAUCUGCAAUUCAAUUCUCCGGAAGAAAUCACCUCAUGUUCCCAAGGUCCAUUUCAAGGCCAAACUUUGGUCCAAGUUGCGAAAUUAGAUUCCCCCCAUUACGAUGAGAUAUGCGGGAAUGUUGUCACUGGAAUGCACUUGUACGGGGACUCCUCUUUGGUGCAGAAUGAAACCACUCAGACAGGCACUUAUGGAUUUAACUUUGACCUCUUACAAUCCAAUGGGCCCAGUGACCUCGCAAUGUGGACGUUACCCCAUCAAUACACUGUUCUUUCUUGCGGGAAGGUUACAGAUUUAUCUCUGAAUUCCACCGUCAAAGGGCCGAUGAGAUUAGUGCGUACUUCCGGAAAAUCUGUAUUAAUGACAGAACAGCUUCCCCCUCAUGAGCUCCAGUUUGCUCCAUGGACUUCGUUACACCAAAGUAACACUAGCCAUGCUAUAUCAAAGAAAGCCCACCAGGAAAUCUGUCGUGUUGCCAGAUCAGAGUUUGCAGCUGAUCGAAUAGUAGAAUGGAGUUGCACAGACUCUAUGUAUACCUCAGGAAAGAUAUUGGACAAGGCAGCAUACCAACUAUAUGUCUUAGCUUAUGAAGUCCGUGAUAGAGAGCUGACUUUAGAGGCUUUAAGAAGAUUAGAGGCUGCUUUAUCAAGAUUUGUUAACAACAAGCAACCUCAGCCACUGUAUUAUGAUCCGUUUUGGAAGGGAAUCGUGUCUGGUGCUGGCCUUGAUGGUAAUAUUUUCGUAGAUUACGGGAAUACACAUUACAAUGAUCAUCAUUUCCAUUAUGAAUACCAUAUACACGCAGCAGCAUUGCUGGUCAAGGUGGACAAGGAUUUUGAUUCCGGCCAGAGAGAGCGAUGGAUUAGACCCUGGGUUGAAGCACUCUUAUCGGAUGUUGCAACCCCUAUUGAAGACCACAGCCAAUUCCCCCAGUUUCGAUCUUUUGACUGGUUUCACGGCCAUUCUUGGGCUACCGGUCUUUUUGCACGGGGGGACGGUAAAGAUGAAGAGAGUUCCAGUGAAGAUUACAAUAUGAGUUACGCUCUCUAUUGCUGGGGUCUCGCAGUUGAUAAUAAGCACUUAGUAGCGAUGGGCAAACUCAUGCUGGGAGUUCAAAGACAUGCUGUUAACAGCUACAUGCUAUACUCGGACGAUAAUCAAAUAAUGCCGAGACAAUUUGUGGGAAACAAAGUGAGUGGAAUAUUGUUUGAAAACAAAAUAGAUCACACUACUUACUUUGGCCAACGUCCAGAGUACAUCCAUGGAAUCCACAUGCUUCCCCUAACUCCUAUUUCCAGCUUCAUUCGAAAUCCCAAGUUCUGCAAGGAAGAAUGGAAUCAAAGACUAGGAAAAGAAUUUGUGUCAGCAAUUCCCGAAGGAGGUUGGAAAGGUCUACUGACGUUAUCUACUGUCUUAUUUGAGCCAGAAUUUGCAUACGAUUUUUUUGUGCGUAAGGAUUUUGAUCCUUUGAAUCUGGACAACGGAAUGUCUCAAAGCUGGUCUUUGCUCCUUGCAGCUCAUGCUGCCCAAAAAUAA